CAGUAUCGAUUCAGACAGUUCUACUUAGAUGCCUCGAACUCGUCAGCAACACAGAUGACAACGUCACAGAGAAACCGCUGUUACACUGAUAAUACGACUGCUCCAGACUUACCCCCAAACAUAAUAGACAUACUUUGUAAACAGACGGCUAGAUACGUCAUUGUGGAGACCACGUACAUGUAUGACGCUCCUGAAGAUGAUCCUAUUAAAGGAGCGAUCCUAGAAAUCUGUGAAAUAGAAGUUUAUGGAUGUGUGGCAACUUGCAGAAAUAAUGUAUGUGAUGACUCUGGAAACUGUGACAAUGGCUGUGUAGACGGAUACUGGGGACGGGCAUGUGAAUCUCAAUGUCCUGCAAAUUGUGACCAACGGACCUGUGACGGUACAAAUGGAUUUUGUACCAGCUGCAAGUCUGGUUACUGGGGAAAUGCAUGCAAUUCACUAUGUCCAAUACAUUGUUUCGAACGAGUUUGUGACAAAACCUAUGGUAGCUGUACACAGGGAUGUACAUCAGGACGGUAUGGAGAAAUGUGUAAUAGAACAUGCAGUAUCGGGUGUGUAGGAGGGACAUGCCACAAACAAAGUGCAACCUGUUCUAAUGGAUGUGUGCAGAACUGGGCAGGGUCUAGAUGUGACGGAUGUGACUCAAAUCAUUAUGGGUCUUCCUGUUCUAUGGAAUGCAACCAUGACUGUGAAAAUAGCACUUGUAAUGGCACUACUGGUUUCUGUACUUUGGGAUGUACGGCGGGGUUCUAUGGAGACGAGUGUGACAGACAAUGUACAAGUUGUCCGUCAGGUUGUGAUCCACUAACAGGACGAUGUAAUGGAGACUGUCUAGUAGGCAAGACCGGGGUAUUCUGUGACAAAGCUUGCAACCAAUGCUGUGAGGACGGAUGUAAGCGAGACAAUGGUAUUUGCAGUAGCUGCAUUGAUGGAAUGUUCGGAGACGUAUGUGAUAGGAACUGUAGCAGUUGCCCUACAGGGUGUGACAGAAUCUCUGGGCGGUGUAGUGGAGAUCGUCCAGUUGGCAAGUUCGGGGAGUUUUGUAACAAAACAUGCAGCAAACACUGUAGAAAUGGAUGCAUCAGACUUACGGGCAGCUGUAAUGAUGGUUGUACUGUUGGAAAAUUAGGAGAUUUCUGCAACGAACCGUGUGAUGCUCGACACAAAGCUUGUUGUAAUCAGGAUACAUGUACCAGACACUGUAAGCGUAAAUGA